AUGGCUUCAGGACUCUCUCUUGCAUUACUUCUACGCAUUCAAGAAUUGAUAUCGUAUCGUUACGAUGACGGUUGUCUGGAGGCAGCAAUUGAUCACGAUCGUCUGGAUGUCAUAUCAUAUCUCCUUUCGAACAACUUGAUUGGUCUUGAAUUCAUGGAGAGAUGGACACCUGAGGUACUCUUUGCCAAGAACUCAUUGGAAGCGUUCAAGCAUGUGAUGGAGCAUGUCCAUCCACCUUCAUCUCUGUCACCUCAACAACUUCGUUCAAUCAUCAAUGCAGCAGUGGUCCAAGACAAAGUUGACCAUCUCAAACAUCUCAUAGACAUCCUUCAUUCACCAAUACCAAUGCCUUCACUUGAUACAUUGAUCGAAGCCACUAAGGUGAAUGCCGUCUCAACACUGGAGUAUAUCCUUGUCAAGGUCAAUCCAUCGCCACUCUCUCGACUGUCAGAGAUUGAUCAACUUCGUGUCCUCCAAUCGAUCUUGCACUCAGCCUAUGACUCUGGAAACACUCGCAUCAUCACCAUUUGCAACAAUCUCAUCAGAGAUAUCAAUACUGCCAAUCCAAAUAUGAAGAGGUAUGUGUGA